GGUAUAUUAAACAGUGAAUAAGGAGAAACAUCAGACAGAAAUCAUGGGUGCAUUCCUCACUUGGUACACCUUUGCUGUUGUCAUUCUGGUAAUUCAUGGAGGUUUGUGUGCAGAUAUCAUUGGAGGAAAAGAAGUAAAACCACACUCUAGACCAUUUAUGGCCCAAAUCAAGGGACCAAGAGGAGUUUCUUGUGGAGGAGCUUUAAUCAAGGAAAACUGGGUGUUAACAGCUGCACAUUGUAAAGUGGAAAAAAGCAAAGUUAUUCUUGGAGCCCAUUCAUUGAAAAAAAGUGAAAAAGAACAGCAGACUUUUCAAAUUGCAAAAUGCAUUCGUUAUCCAUGCUACAACCCCAGUACCAAGGAAAAUGACAUUAUGCUGCUGCAGCUUCAGGGAAGAGCAAAAUUUAAUAAAGCUGUGCAACCAAUCCCCCUGCCUACCUCAGAUGAUGAUCCCAAACCAGGAACAGUGUGCUCAGUAGCAGGAUGGGGUACAACUACCAGUUAUCCAUACACAUUGCCUACUGCCCUGAUGGAAGUCAAUAUCACUGUCAUCAGGAGGGAAAUCUGCAACAAUAAAAAACAUUAUAAUGGCAAACCUGUCAUAACAGAGAACAUGAUAUGUGCAGGGGCUACGAAUGGAGAAAAGGACUCAUGUAAUGGGGACUCUGGUGGACCUUUGAGAUGUAACAAUGUGAUGAGAGGCAUCACUUCGUUUGGGAAGCCGAAGAGCUGUGGCAAGGCUGAUGGCCCAGGUGUCUACACUCGACUCACAAAGCGAUACCUUGAGUGGAUAAGGAAAACCAUAGGGGGGGCCUAAUGGAUUGGGUUUGGGCCAUGUGAUUUGUGUAAUUGAAAUGGGCUUUUGGAAACAGCUUCAUCAGUGUGGUAAAAGAGGUAUUCUCACACUGAGUUUUGGCAGCUUGAUGUAGUUAUGCUAGGACAGCAUUUAUAGCUUAUGUUGUUAGCCAUGUAGUCAUUUGGGAUAUUUGGGACUGAGAAUUCCAACAUCCCUGUAGUUCACACUGAGCUCUACAUGCAUUGGUAUUUCAGAUCAAGAGCCCAAUCCUUUUUUGGGCCCUCACUGCAUGUUGAGUAUAUACAGCUCUCUUCUGUACAUGGACUUCUGCAAAAACCCUGGAAGUUGGUGGAAUACUAGGUACAAGCACAGACACCUAAAAAACUUCGUUUCUCUGCAGCAAAGCUCAUGGUUUUAUAGGUGUAGUGGACUGCUAAGCUUCAGAAAAUUACAUUUCAGCAACUGUGGGACAUAAGUAUUAAUUUUCUAACUGUCAUGUAUUUGAAACCUCUAGAUUUUAUUCCUUUAUGUACUUCACAAUUAAUAAAGAAAU